AUGGCAAUACCUGCCUGGGCUGAGCCGCCUGCAGCCUUUGCCCAGUGGACUCGCCCCAGCCGUCUUCACGCUUUCGCUGGUCUGUGCGCCCUUCUGACGGUCUACAUAUUCUCGAUAAUCCUCUGGACGGACGAGCCCGACAUACGUACAUGGGAGGACGGCGCCAUCCCGAUUUCGUACAGCGAAGAACAAUGGACGACCUAUGCCCCAGUCACGGCGGAGCAGCUUGAGGAUCCGGGAGACAGUGACUACAUUCAUCCACACGACAGCGACGAGUUCUACCUCCCAGUCUAUCCUUCUUCGCCCAGCCGGUCUAUCUCUGGAACACCCAAUUGGCAGCACAUCCCAUCAUCUUGCUUGGAACUUAUUCUCAGUGACGGCGCCAGUUGCACCUCUGAUACCAUGCCCGAGGCGCAACUCGACUUCGUAUGGACCUGGGUCAAUAGCUCAGAUCCGGUUUGGCAUAGGGCGCGCGCUUCCAUCAGCGCUCGGUUGAUGGGAAAAGCCGGAGAAGUUGAUGUAGACGACGAGGAGGGCAUAGCCCACAACCGGAACUACGAUGAACUGCGUCACUCGAUCCGCAGUGUGCUGGCUCACUUCCAACCAUACAUACGGCAAUUCACCAUCCUCACUUCCGAUUUUGCAUCCUCAGUUGAAGAAUCAGGCCUGUCGCCAGUGCUCCGCCUUGGUCAAGUGCCGCAAUGGCUUAAUAGCACCCAAGACCCUUCCACUUGGAGAGACGACGGCGUUCGGCUCAGGAUCCAACACCACGCCAACCUCUUCAAACCUUACUUCGAGACUAUCUUCAACAACCUUGCGAUCGAAUCGCAGUUUAGCAAUAUACAAGGCGUCGAUGACAUCUUCGUCUACAUGAAUGACGAUACGUAUCUCCUGCGCAACCUCAAACCGGCCGACUUUUUCACAUCAGCAUUUGGCUUCGUAUUCCGACUUGAAUACUGGACACAAGUUCCGCCUACCCUUGAUGCGAACCCCGAGCGCGGCGAGUGGCAAGGACUUCGCCAGUCCAAUGUGUUUAUAGGCGAACGAUUUGGUUCUUCGACGCGGCCGUAUCGCGCGCACAUGCCGAAGAUCAUGUCCGUCUCACUCCUCCGGGAGAUGUCAGAGACAUUCCCCGAAGCCUUUGCGCGCACCGCUUCUCGUCCGAUGCACGCCGUUUGGACGGAUGGCGCGCCGGGAGAUGUGCAUCCAGGCUUCAUGUUCGUACAUUUCGUCGUCGAACGCUGGCGCGAGGGCCUUCUGUGGUCAUGGGCUGUGGCUCGCAUGGGGGGCGAUGACGACGAGUGGGAUGCAGCAUCAGCUUGGGCCGAGCUCCAUGGGGAUUCUGAGCAGAUACUCGUCGAGGACCUCACCCGUGACUCGCUGUUCAACCCCCCUCAGCAGCUGAGAGCCGCGGGGUACGAAGGUCCCGAAGCGUCUCAGUAUUACUUCAGCUCGAUGGACGGCUACCCCUACUUGGAAGUGCGUCAGAAUGGUACCUUGGAGCGCCCAAAUGUACUCGCGAGGGAGUCUUGCACAAUUUCGCGUGCGGAGUGUUUCCCGUCUUGGAUAUCAAGCGCAAGCGAAGCAUUCAACCAUAUCGCGUUCGCGAACCCCUUUUGCGGCGAUUGCAUUAUCAACCGCCUAGUGCAGAAUAGCGGUCGUCGAGGACUCUCAGCCGUGCUCCCUGCCUCAGACCGGAUAAUCGCCACAAAAGCCUCGGGGAUCACCGCUGAGACGCUCCCACGGGUCCCCAGUUGGAAACUGGGCGCGUUCGCGCUCGCGGAUGUGCUUUCACAGGAACCGAAUCAGGAAGUUGUUCAUGUGCGAGAAUGGACGCUACGCAUGCUGAACCGCUACCGCUUCGUGCUCGCGGAUAGCCCGUACCUCUUCGCUCGCCUGAACCAUGAGAGGAACGCCCACAGUCAGUUGGACCGGUUGGACGGACACGAGAUGGCCUUUGCGUGUGUGAACGAUGACGUGGAGAGCGAUGAGGAUGCUGUCGCUGUCGAGGGCGUCAUGAGGGAGUGGCAGGAGACACGCUGGGGUACGCCGGCUACCUGGGAGACUACCUAG